AUGACCGUUGCCGAAAAGAAAUCCGGCCACGGGCACAACACCACGCUCUCAGAUGACUACCACUCGAGCAGCGGCAGCGGUGCCGACGAGGGCAGCGCGGCGCACGACGUCUUUGGCGCCGAGGAGCACCACGACAUCAAGUACAAGCGGCUCUCGUGGCAGCUCGUCGCCAUCCUCAUGAUUGCCGAGAUUGUGUCCAACGGCAUGCUCUCGCUGCCGUCGGCGUUUGCCGUCGUCGGCAUGGUGCCCGGCAUCAUCAUUGUCGCCUUUCUCGGCAUCUUUGCCACCUACACCUCGUGGCUGCUCGUCCAGUUCAAGCUGCGCCACCCCGAGGUGCACACCAUGGCCGACGCCGGCUACAUCAUGUUUGGGCCCGUCGGCCGCGAGAUCAUGGCCUUUGGCACCUUUGCCUUUGCCAUCUUCGCCACCGGCAGUCAGCUCCUCGCCGGCCAGAUUGCGCUGGCCACGCUGAGCGACAGCAAACUGUGCAACCUCGUUUACACGGCCAUCUUUACCGUCGCCUCGCUCGCCGUCUCGCUGCCGCGCACGUUUCACGGACUGGGAUACGUCUCCAUUCUGAGCGUGCUGAGUAUCCUGAUGGCUGGCUUGGUCGCCAUGGGGGCUGCUGGCAAGGAGCCCGUCAUUGGUCGCUCCGUCGAGGUGGUCGUGACGUCCGACUUUUACGCUGCCUUUGCCUCGAUUACGAACCCCGUCUUUUCCUUCGCUGGCCACUUCAUGUUCUUUGUCCUCAUCUCCGAAAUGAAGGAACCCAAGCACGCCAUGCGCUCGGCGUACUGCCUCCAGACUUUUACCACCAUUUACUACAUCAUCUUCGCCGCCGUCACAUACGGCUACCUCGGAAGCAAAGUCUUAUCCCCGUCGUUUUCCUCCUUGUCGCCGUACUGGGCCAAGGUCUCGUACGGUAUCGCCAUCCCGAACCUGCUGCUUGCGGCCGCCCUCUACGCCCACACGGCUGCCAAGGUCAUUUUUGUGCGCCUGUUCCGCAAGUCCGACCACCUGCACAGCCAUACCGUUCUCGGAUGGGGCGUAUGGAUUGUUCUAGUUGUAUUUUGCAACAUUUUGGCUUUCCUCCUUGCCACGGGCGUACCCAUCUUUAACUACCUUGUCGGGCUUGCUGCGUCGCUGUUUGCCGCUUGGUUUACCUAUGGCGUCGCCGGCAUGUUUUGGCUGCACGAUUCGUUUCACGACGGUGCUGGUUUCCUGGAAUGGCGUCGGCAAUGGGGUCAGUUUCUGCUCUGCGCAUUUACCGUUUUGGCCGGUGCCUUCAUCUGCGUCGCUGGUCUGUAUGUCACUAUUCGACAGCUUAUCGAUGCCUAUGCCCAUGGCCUGGUUGCAAAGCCGUUUUCUUGUUCUUAG